CCGUGCUGUCGGAGUCAGAACGUGUUCCAAUAAGUAACCCCUUCCGAUUAUUUCAAUUUCCCCCCCACUACAGCUUGGUCGGAGUCUAUCGAUGACUUCGAGAUUUUUAAAUGUCGAUUAUAUUUCGCGUCCCCCGCUGUUGGUGUCCGGCCAUGACAACCGUCGAUUACUUUCCGAUCCAGGACCUUCCGGCCGAGCUAGAGAGAGAGAUUUUCGAGGUGGCUGCACGCAUGCGACCUAAUAGUGCUCUCGACCUAGUCCUGGUGGCUCGCCGGGUCCGAGCAUGGAUACAGCCACUGAUCUACGAGAUGGUGACGCUCGGGACCGAUGACACUUCCCUGUUCCUACGAACGAUGGAUGAAUUACCGGGGGAAUUCUUUCAACAGAACGUUAAGAGAUUAUGCCUCACUGUGUCUGUCGAGCCUGAGGCUGCAGCGCGGAUCCUAGCGACUUGUUCGGGUGUCCGGAGUCUGGCCUGUUGGGUCGACUUUAGAGCAGUCCACCACCGGGUACAAUUCUCCCCGCUGAUCGCGUCUCAACGCCUACGUCGACUUUCCAUGGAGAUCAGACAUUUUCGACAGCUCUGUAGAGAACCCCUCUGUCACGGCGCUCUGUUCCUCUCCCUAACCCGCCUGGACCUCAUCUACUGGCAACCCGGUGAACUGGUCAUCUGGGAAUUAGCAGCCUUACCACAUUUGACUCAUCUGGGCAUUAUCAUUCGUGAUCUCCCCGUCACAGAAGCAUACCUGCUUUCUCUCAUUUAUAUGUGCCCGUCGCUCAAAGUCAUGGCGGUUCUUAUCGACGAGGGUGCCGAUCCGGUACCCACACGGGAUUUGAGAAUUGUUUGGUUGCCAUAUCCUGUUAUGGUGUUGGAUUGGGAAGCGCCGUUUCGGGGGCAGGAAGAUACAUUGGCCAGAGCGGAAGAUAUCGUAAAAAGUAGAGAACGGGAAUUGGCAAGUUCGCCCUGUAUAGACCUGACGUGGAAAUGGGCCUAACGAAAUUUCUCAUCACAUGGACGCGCCACGCGAAUUUCGAGUCCAGAGUUAGAAUUGACUUGGUUGCUCAUCAACAUCGCUCGUAAAGUGUAAUGAAGCAUCUUGUCGUCCUUGGCCAAUCAGGUCUGGUUUGAUUUGUGGGAUGCUCUCGUCGAUUCUGUGGCGCUCAUUCUCA